GGUUCCGUCAGCUUCCUAAGGCUGCGCCGGGUUCCCGGGAAAGGCACGUGAGCUGCUGAAUGGAGCUCGUCGCUGGGAGCUAUGAGCAAGUCCUUUUCGGGUUCACAGUACACCCGGAGCCUCAGGCGAGUGGCGACCAACAGCAGCAAUGGACUCCUGUGGCUGACUUCACUCAUCAUGCUCACACUGCCUCCUUGUCAGCAGUGGCUGUGAAUAGUCGUUUCGUAGUCACUGGGAGCAAAGAUGAAACAAUUCACAUUUAUGAUAUGAAAAAGAAGAUAGAACAUGGGGCUUUAGUACAUCACAAUGGCACAAUAACUUGCCUGAAAUUCUAUGGCAGCAGGCACUUAAUCAGUGGAGCAGAAGAUGGACUCAUUUGUGUCUGGGAUGCAAAGAAAUGGGAAUGCCUCAAGUCAAUCAAAGCUCACAAAGGACAUGUGACCUUCCUUUCUAUUCAUCCAUCUGGCAAGUUGGCCCUGUCUGUUGGUACAGAUAAGACAUUAAGAACAUGGAAUCUUGUGGAGGGAAGAUCAGCCUUCAUAAAAAAUAUAAAACAAAAUGCUCACAUAGUAGAAUGGUCCCCAAGGGGAGAGAAAUAUGUGGUUGUCAUACUGAAUAAAAUAGAUGUCUAUCAACUUGACACUGCAUCUGUUAGUGGCACCAUCACAAAUGAAAAGAGGAUUUCUUCUGUUACAUUUCUUUCAGACUCUGUCCUUGCAGUAGCUGGAGAUGAAGAGAUUGUAAGGUUUUUUGACUGUGAUUCACUAAUGUGCCUCUGUGAAUUUAAAGCACAUGAAAACAGGGUAAAAGACAUGUUCAGUUUUGAAAUUCCAGAGCAUCGUGUUCUUGUUACAGCAUCAAGUGAUGGGUUCAUCAAAAUGUGGAAGCUAAAGCAGGAUAAGAAAGAUCCUCCGUCUUUACUCUGUGGAGUGAAUACUAAUGCUAGGCUGACGUGUCUUGGAGUGUGGUUAGACAGAGGAACAGACACAAAAGAGAGCCUUCCUCAAGCAGCAGAGCCUUCUGUAAAUACAGAACAGUCCAAAAUCGGCAAAAAGAAAUCUGGUGAUGUGGUGCAGCAAGAAGACACAUUAAAUCCUAACUCAAAGAAAUGUGGUUUAAAUGGUGAUAGUAAAAAGCCAGUGAAAGGAAAUAGUCUAUCAGCCAGGAAGAGGAAGAUGAUAGAAAUGCCAGAAAAGAAGAAGAGAAAAAAGAAGAUCUAACUGAUGCACAGAAUUCCCAGAUUGAUCCCAAAGAACUCCUUUUUUAAUGGACUCAUCCUUUAAAUAUACCUAAAUAUUUUUUCUGAGUAAAGGCAAUACUAUUUUUUCUGGAGAAAACAUACAGCUUGGAAAACCACUUUUAGGUGUUUUUUUUUUUUUUUUUUUUUUUUUUUCUAAUUUUAUUUCAUCUUUUUAAAAAUGUGCUAAAAUUAUUUUUGGCACCUUUGGCCUAUAGUUUAUUAAUUAUAUAUGGUGGUAUAUAAGAUGUUAAUUGUAACAUGCAGUUUUUAUUUUGUGUAAAACAAAGAUCUUUCCCAAAAUACAGAAAUUUAAAAUAAUGCAAAAUCUUGAACACUUUCUUUUUUUAACAGUGUUGGAGAUUCAACCCAGGGCCUUGAGCAUGUUAGGCAAGCACUGUGCCUCUGAGCUACUGCACCCCCAGCCCUAUGAACACAUUCUUUACUAGAGGUAAAUAAAGGUUAUU